AAAAGUAUAAAAGUAUAAUUUUCCACUAUGAGCAGAACAAACAAAAAAAACAAACAAACAAGCACUGAAAAACAAAGAAGCAGCUGUCCUAAACUAAAGAAGAAAGUUCUUCUUGUUGAAACUUAAACUAAAAGUCAUUAAAUUCUCAAUAUCACACACAUCCUCAUCAUCUCUACCAUGCAAAUCCUCCAUAAAUACCCCACACAACUCAAUUGCAUUAUUCCCAAACAGUAACAGUAACAGUAACAAACACCAUCAUGCUACCACUACUGUUACUAUUACUAUCUCUGUUGUGUUCAAUUUCAACAACACUAAACGCACAGUCAACAACAACAAUCAACGUUUGGCCUAAACCAACAAACCUCACAUGGACCCCACCACACCAAACAACACUCCUUUCUCCAACAUUCACCAUAAUCACCACCACCUCACACCAAAACAACCACCUCACCGCCGCCAUAAACCGCUACACAAACCUCAUCAAAACAGAACACCACCGUCCGUUAAUUCCCCCAACAAAAAACCUCUCAAACAACCUACCUCCGUUACAGUUACUAACAGUAACCGUAACGGAGCUAAACGCCGAACUAACUCACGGCACCGACGAAUCCUACACGCUUACAGUUACAUCUCCUAACGCAACUCUAACAGCCGUAACGGCUUUUGGCGUAAUUCGAGGACUGGAGACAUUCUCACAGCUGGCGUGGGGGAAUCCAACGCGAGUGGCGGUUGAUGUGCGUGUAACCGACGCGCCAUUGUACGGUCAUAGAGGGAUUAUGUUGGAUACUUCUAGAAACUAUUAUCCAGUGAAGGAUUUGUUGAGGACAAUUGAAGCGAUGAGUAUGAAUAAAUUGAACGUGUUUCAUUGGCAUAUAACUGAUUCUCAUUCGUUUCCUUUGGUUGUUCCUUCCGAACCAUUGUUGGCUGAGAAAGGUGCUUAUGAUGUUAAUAUGGUUUAUACGGUGGAUGAUGUGAAAAGGAUUGUUGACUUUGGGCUUGAUCGUGGUGUUCGUGUUUUGCCUGAGAUUGAUUCGCCUGGGCAUACAGGAUCUUGGGCCUUGGCCUACCCUGACAUUGUAACAUGUGCCAAUAUGUUCUGGUGGCCAGCCGAAAGGGAUUGGCCGGAUCGUCUUGCUUCGGAACCAGGAACAGGUCAUUUGAAUCCCUUAAACCCCAAGACCUACCAAGUCUUAAAGAAUGUCAUCCGCUACGUAACCACAAUGUUCCCGGAACAAUUUUACCAUUCUGGUGCUGAUGAAGUCAUACCAGGUUGCUGGAAAACCGAUCCAACAAUUCAGAAAUUUCUAUCAAAUGGCGGAACUCUCAACCAAGUUCUCGAGACGUUUAUCAACAAAACUCUCCCUUACAUUGUAUCCCUCAACCGCACCGUUGUCUAUUGGGAAGACGUUCUAUUUGACGACACAGUCCAUGUUCCACCAACGCUUCUACCUAAAGAACAUGUGAUUUUGCAGACAUGGAACAAUGGGCAUAAUAACACUAAAAGGAUAGUAUCUAAUGGAUACCGUGCCAUUGUCUCGUCAUCCAAAUUCUAUUAUCUCGAUUGUGGACACGGUGACUUUACUGGAAAUAAUAGUGCUUAUGACAACCAAACAGGAUCCGACGCAAACAAUGGUGGCUCUUGGUGUGGACCUUUUAAAACAUGGCAAACUAUAUACAAUUAUGAUAUUGCAUAUGGACUGACCGAAGAUGAAGCAAAAUUGGUUUUGGGCGGGGAGGUAUCACUGUGGUCAGAACAAGCCGAUGAAACCGUUUUGGAUUCACGAAUUUGGCCUAGAACUUCUGCAAUGGCUGAGUCGUUGUGGUCAGGUAAUAGGGAUGAAAAGGGUAUGAAGAGAUAUGCAGAGGCAACAGAUAGAUUGAAUGAAUGGAGAAGCAGAAUGGUGAAUAGAGGUAUAGGGGCUGAGCCUAUUCAGCCACUUUGGUGUAUUCGGAACCCUGGUAUGUGCAACACAGUACAUGCAAUAUAGUGUGUGUUUGGAGAGCGUCGGAUUCACGGUGCCACCGCACGUCUAUCGCAAAGCUAGAACUACUAGCUUCACACAGACUGCGUGUCUUGUGUUUUCACCGCGUUUCCAAACACAUUUGUAGUUAGUUUAGUUGGAUGUGCAUUCCUCUUUUGUUACCUUAAAAGAAAGAAAAAUAGCUAUUCAGAGUAUACCUUUAUUAGGUCUAUAGUAGUGUCCAACUGUUGUGUGAGCCUAAUGAAAAUUUAUUGUUCUGUUAUUUGAGAUUGUAGUUGUUGAACAAUAUUACAUGCAUUUGAACAUUGAGUUUGAAAAAUCAAAAGAAUGUUUGAUUGUUUUCAUGAGCUUUAA